AUGCGACAUCUGAAGCAACAGGUGACCACUUCUUCUUCUGUGGCGGUUCCCUCGAAGAAAGUCAACUCGGCGAUGGAAUAUUCGGAAGGGAAUAGCAGUAGCGACGGGCAACAACCUCAGUAUCAUAUACCUGGACAUACUCAACAACCGGGAGGGGUUUAUGCCCUUCCUCCAGAGUCGAGACAACCGAGACAACAGCCUCAGCAUGCUCAUCUGAUAUCACAACCCGUUUCGGCAGCACAACAACAACCUUGGGCGGUUCAGCAACAUCCUGGGUAUGUUGAUCAAAGGCAAUACGCUCCACAGAUAUAUUCUCAGUCAUCACAUGAUAGCGGUAUGUCCAUGUCCAUGGUCGAUCCUUCUCAGGUGGCUUAUUUGACUCCUCAGCAACAACACCACGCACAGCAACCGUACAUACAUCCGAGCUAUCAUGUCAACCCCGCCGCCUAUACCCAGCAGCAAUACGCACAGCAGAUGAGUUAUCAACAGCAAUUAGCUUUGCAAUCGACUAUGCAGUCGUCUUUGCUCAUGGCCGGACACCCGCCACAGCAACCUCUUUUACACCAUCCCAUCAAUCAAAGCCUCCCACCUCAAACGGUUCCGCAACAAGAACUACAUCCAUCUUUUUAUCAGCAACCGCCGAAACUUGGAAGAUUGCCAGCUGACAGGCCACUCAUAAAGCUAUCUGUUUCGUUGAUUGACACUUAUAAACGCAUCAAUACUGUAUACUACGAAGAACGAGAUACCAGGCGACCGACGCGAACCAAGGAAAAGACAAAGAAGGGUCAAGGAGUCAAGAACCAUGGGUGGGACGACGACAACUACGAUUACAUUAUCAAUCCAGGCGAGUUGUUUUAUAAUCGAUAUCGAAUACAAGAACGAAUAGGAAAGGGUAGUUUUGGUCAAGUCGUUCGAGCAGAAGACAUUGAAACGAAGCAGGAUGUUGCCAUCAAGAUUAUCAAAUCCAAGAAACCAUUCCAAAUGCAAGCGAAAACAGAGAUUGAACUGUUAACUCACUUGAACCAGAAGGAUCCUGAUGACGAAAACAAUAUAGUACGACUGAUCGAUCAUUUCAUGUACCGGGACCAUCAAUGUCUUGUAUUCGAGAUGCUAUCGCUAAAUCUUUACGAGCUAUUGAAAAAUACACAGUUUGCAGGCGUAUCACUAAACCUAAUACGCAAAUUCGGAAAGCAAGUGUUGAAAUCACUCAUGUUCUUGGCCCGAGAGGACGUGGACGUGAUACACUGUGAUUUGAAACCGGAGAAUAUCCUUUUGCGUCAUCCCAAGAAGAGUGGAAUCAAGGUCAUUGAUUUUGGAUCAUCGUGUAGGUCAAACAAGAGGAUGUAUUCCUACAUUCAAAGUCGGUUUUACCGAUCGCCUGAGGUAAUGUUGGGAUUGCCGUACUCCACUGCUAUCGAUAUGUGGAGUCUCGGUUGUAUUCUAGCAGAAAUGCACACAGGAGAGCCUCUAUUCUCCGGUUCGGAUCAAUUUGACCAAAUGCAAAAGAUCGUCAAGAUUCUUGGCAUGUUACCUACCCACAUGCUUGAUAAGGCGAAUGAGCAAAACAGGCACCAGUUCUUUGAUCGUGUGAGAAAUAGGCAGACAGGCAGGGAAGAAUGGAUUCUGAGGCAGGAAAAAGUGGUAUCCAACGCUAGUGGCCAGCCACCUCCGCCACCGGGCCGAGAUGACGCAGUGAAAAAGGAGCCGAUAAUUCCCAGUCAAGAUCCUAUUGCCUCAUUGUCGCAGCUCAUUCGAGCAGAAACUAAUCGCAAGAAGAAGUAUCCACCAAGCGAAACUGGGAAUUCAACGCGGAAUUAUGAUCUCUUUGUUGACUUGAUUCAAAGAAUGCUGACAUUCGAUCCGAAGGAGAGGAUCACACCACAAAUAGCCCUGCACCACCCGUUUAUCGCUGCGGCAGACUGA